AUGUCAGCCAUGUCAUCACUUGUGGUGGGACUUGCCGUCGGCGCCGGCACAGGCCCGGAACUGGCCGCGGUGUUCGAGCAAGUCAUCCACGCCCUGGCCACGCCAUAUGGGACAAAGAUCGACUUCUUCCGCUCCAAUCGGAUCUACAAUUCGUAUUCGUCGCUGCUCGCCGCUAAUGAGACCGACGCCGUGACCGAGGAAACGCGGCAGGACACCAUCCACUACCGGCAGUUUUGCGAGGAGGCCGCCGCGCGAGGCGUGCGAGCCAUCUUCCGCACCUCGAUCUCGGCGCAGGCGCUGUAUAUGGUGCGCGAACAGCUCGAAGCCGUUAAGUGCGAGCAUUACUGGCAGAGUCCGACCAAGUCGCUGGUGCUGGUCCGUGACCAGGCGCAAGGAUUCUACGGGGGAAUCAACGAGGUGGAGAAGGAUGGCAAGGCCGUGUCGCGCACUGUCCAUUUUCGCAAGGUCAUCUUCGACCGUAUCAUCGCCUUCGGCCUGACUCGUGCGCGGCAGCUCCUGGAGGCACGAAUAACGGGGGCGGCAGCUGCUAUCGACACUAUCACACUCGUCUACAAAUUUCACCUGUUUGACGGGCUAUUUUUACAGUGGGCGCGCGAUUGGGAGCAGACCCACGGGGUCACCGUCCGCUGCGUGCAGGGAGACACCAUGAACCGGAACCUGUUGGCAGCUGGAGGGAUCGAGGGCCACCAGGUGCUUAUCGCUGCCAAUGAGUAUGCAGAUCUGAUGCAGACAGUGCUUCUGGACCGGUUUGGGCUCGGGGCCCAGGAGGGAGCAUGUGCAGAAAACAUCUAUCUGCAUCCGACGGUGCAGGGGCUGAGCGAAUGGCAGACGGCGCAUGGAUCAGCGGACGAUCUGACCCGACAGGGCAUUGUCAAUCCCACUGCAACGAUCCGGGCCGUCGCUACAAUUCUGGAGGACAAAGCGCUUUGUGUGGGAGUCAAGCGUAUCACGGAUCUGGCCCUCCAUCAGUUAGCCGUCCAGGGCUUACAGACCCCUGAUCAGGGCGGCUCGGCCACUACUUUGGCAUUUGUGGAAGGAUUCUUGGAUGCUGCUGCGGCUUUAUCGGCUGCUACACCUCCAGCGAGUCUUGCACCAGCUGCAUCCGAUACCGCGCUGGUUGUGGUGGACUUCCAAAACGACUUUGUCACGCAGUAUCCGCAUCCGCACGACAUGGAGCGGGUCAGUGCCAACAUUGCACAGCUCGUGGAUCAAGCCCGCCAAGCCCAUACCGAAGUCAUCUGGGUUCGAUUCCAUGGAGAUCCGGAAUAUCAGCCGCGAGGCUGGCGCCAACGCGACCAUGAACAACAUCGCACGUCAUGGUGUCUGCGCGGAACAUGGGGAGCCGAGCUGUUCGGGGCGGUACAACCUCGUGCGCAGGAACGUCAGUUUGAGAAGCGAGCUUGUUAUGACCCAUUCCUAGCUCCCGGAUUCGAACAUUAUCUGCUGGAACAGAAUCUAGAGCACCUGGUGGUGGUGGGGCUGUUCACAGAUGUCUGUGUCGAUGCCACAGUGCGCGGCGCCUUCCAGCGGGGAUGGUUGACGACGGUGGUAAAAGGCUGCACUGCUGGCCAUCAUUUCACUGAAGACCAAUGGUUGGCGUACAUGCAACGGGUGUACGGCACCAGAGUCUCUGAAAUUGGCGAGUUAGAGGGGGUUUGGGGGCCGGAGCACGACCGACUAAGGAUGUAG